AGGGCGUCAUGCAACGUCAUUACAGGUGGCAAAGGCAAAGAAAAAAAGGGAGAGAGAGAGAGAGAGAGACUGCGAAGAAACCUAAAGUGCGGGUGACGUACAUAGUGUGUAUUUGGGUCACAAGCUAUCUAAGUUACUUGACCGGUCCCCCACCUUUCCCUAGUCAUCAUAUCACUACCCUCCCCUUUCCAGGUAGCAAACAAAAGGUAUCUAUGGAAAAAUGAAAACAAAAAAGAAGGAUGGAAAAACAAUUCUUGGUAUAUUGCUGGUAAACUUUUGAGGAGUGAGAGAGAUCAUGGGUGUGCGUUUCCAUAAUCUCAAACAGCUACGC